GACGGAGUCAACACGGUCCUGGCUGCGAGCCUCAUCAGGGCCAGUGUAGGAUGUCCCUGAUGUGCGACGGCGACGGCGCAGCCUUUCAGAUCAUUGAUAAGGGCAGCUCAAAAAUGGGCAAAGGCUGAACCGGAAAUGAGAGUCGCGAAUGGGAGGGUGUGAGUAGAGUGUUCACUUUGAGAGAGUGGAAAAGCGGGUGAGUCGCCUUCAAGGUUCUCUUGUUCAUUGGAAGGCCAAGACUGUCACGUGUGCGCUAGCCAGCCUUCCGACGCACGGACUCACGCGAGGAAGCACUUGCAUUCCCUCCGAGGCGACUUCAAUUCCACACUCUUGCAUUUAUCCUCACCCGUCUUCGAGUUCUGGCUCACGGAAUGGUACUCGGCCAGUAUGGCGAUGGAUGAUGCGGAAAAGGCACCUCCACAGCCAGCGGCGCCCGCACCUGAAAAUAAGACAGAAGUGCCCAAAGUCACUGCCCCAUCAUUUGUGAGCACCUUCAUCAACAAGGAUACGUCCGGCAAAAAGGUCGCACCCAAAGCUGUACGUCGCCGCGGUGGAGCUGCUGCUGCUCGUCCUGCCGACACUCCCGCUACUCAAGCGAGUGCGAUCACCUCCACUCCCUCGGCGGCGGCUCCUGCAGCGGUCGAACCUUCCAAUGCGCUCCCCACGCCCGCAGCAACGCAAGAGGUUCAUGUACAGGAUGUGUCGCACAUAGUACAAAGAGCAGAUAUAACUACACCGCCGUCGGUGCCUACUCCUGCUCAGAUAACUGCCACACCUCCGCCAACUGCUCCUGUCGCAUCUGCGUCCCAGCGUGAAGCAUCCCCGAAGCGGAGGCGCGGUGAAGAAGAAGUGGCCGAAGCCGAACAUCGACCGGAAGCCGCCUCCUUUGAACUACCGCCCACGACAUCCGUGCCGUCUGCUCCUGCCAACGACAGUGUGGAAUCCGCAAGGUCGCCAAAGCGCCGGCGUAUCGAACGAGUGCCAGAUUUACAAGCUGGAAUCAUUUCCCGGCCAACUCCUGACCGAUCCCAGCCGCGCGGUCUUCCGAAUCAGGAUGCUGAUUCUACUCAGUCUUUAGCGUUGGGAAGGGUACAGGUGCCUGUGGAAGAUAAUUCAUCACCCAUCGCGGAGAGCGACACGCUCCUGCAGGCUUCUGCUGACAGACCACAAUCUCCCGAAGCUCCUCGUACCAGAGUUCAAGAAAUGAACGAGGGGCAAGGUACCUCAGGGACCGUUGAAGCGGGCACGGAGACCAUUGUGGUAAAUUCAAGUACGGCAGGUACGAGCGCGAGUAUAGACGAACAAGAAACGCGCGAUGAAGCACCUGCAGUCCAACCGCCGGCUUCAGAUGGACCUGUUGCACUGAGCAGAGGGCGCAGGGCUAGUAAAGCCGUUGGCCCGGAGAAAGAUGCUGAAGGUACCGUUGCAGGACCGAGGAGGGUGACACGACCGAAAGGAAGGGGGGCAGUGGAGGAGGAGACUGAAUCACCGGAUCAAGCAAAUAUGGGGACUAACCCUACGGUUGCCCCUCAAGGCGGCCCUGAGCAGGUAGCUGUGGAUGAGGGGGCAAUGGAAUGGGCACCUGCACAACCGCCAAAGAAAGCUCGGAAACCUCGCAAAGACAAGGGAACGAAAAGGAAGGGCACAGGUGCGCUGAGUGAAGGUGACACGGACAUACCUGGGCCGGCGGCGUCAGCAGAAAAUGUCACAUACCAAGUGCAACCAACACAAAGAAGGAGGGCUACAAGGAAGAGGAAUACCAUCGUCGCCACUGCUGAUGCAGAACAGUCAGCUGUCGAUGAAGGGACGGAACCAACGGAGGAAAACAGGCCAGCCAGGCGCAAAACGACUACAAAGAGGAGGCAGGCUGCGUUGGCUGACGCUAAUGCGGACAGACCGAAUGCUGAAAAUGGUGUACAAGCUCAGCCAGCACGCCGUAGAGGCCGUCAACGAGAGUCAACGCCAUCUGACGCUGAAAAAAUCAGAAUCGACGAAGAGUCCACCUUCAUGGCCAGUGUUGCAGCGGUGCACUUUCGAACCGGUAAACUAUCCAGACGCGAGAGGGCGAUGCGGGAGAUUAAUUGGGAGGAAGUGAAGGAGCGACGAAGAAAGGAGGAAGCUCUAGGAGUUCCCCGCUUGUCGAAGCGCAGUGAGGUGGACGAGGAGCUCAACCGGGCGGCGGAAGCGUAUUCCGAAACACAUCAUCAAGUAACGGGACCGCGCUACGAAGUAGUAGACGGGGAGAUCGUGGUUGUAGAGACUUCUGCCACCGUUCCGGUGGACGUGAACGGAGAAGAGAUCGAUGCUCGAGAGGUCGUGGAGGAAGGUGACUUGACGGCACGCAUUACCACGCGGAGCUUUCUACGAGAGGGGAAGAGAUUCCCUGAACAGUUUAUGCUUCCGGGCCAGGGCACCCGCUGGAAUCGCGAACUGACCGAACGGUUUUACGAUGCAUUGCAGACUUUCGGCACCGAUUUUGGCAUGAUAAGCACCCUCUUCCCAGGCUCUACACGUCGAUCGAUCAAGCUCAAAUUCAACCGCGAGGAGAAGGAGAAUCCAGCAGGUAUCAAAGCCGCGCUUAAUGGUCAGCGUAACUCGAACUGGGACGACUACCUCAAAAAAUCCGGUAUGACGGACGACCAUUUCCUGGACCCGAAAGCCAUUGAGGAGGAGCUGAAUGCGGAACGCGAGAGGAUGCAAGUCGAGAUUGAUGCGGCGAGGGCAGCGGCCGAAGAAGAGAGACGCCAGAGAAGGAUUGCUGGAGCAGAACUUAGUGAGGAGGAGGACGCGGGGCAAGCAGAUGGUGGGAAGAAGAAGCGAAGGAAGAGGGAGAAGAAGGUGGUGUUCCAGGAUGCAGGGAAUGUGGAGAUUCUGGGAGAGAUUGGGGAUGAGGAAGAAGGGUUCUAAGUGGGCUGCAGGGCGUAGAGAACGUUCGGUCCCUGAGAUAUCAAGCGAUAUGAUUUUUCUUCUAUGGGAGCCAUGGAUCGGCGAAGCAGGAUAUCCGUGCUUCUGGAGCGUAUGGGGGAAUUAGACGACGAUGAUUUCGAAUGAUCAAUGAUACCCUAAGGCUAGGAGAACAUGACUGUAG